UUGUCCCGGAAGUUGCGUAGAGCGGGGAGAUUUGAAAAACGUAAACAAAGGUGCUGACGUUGUGUGUCUGUUUUCACUCGGAAACGCAACCAAGAUGUUAAACAAAGCCCCCAAAUUAAAAAGUACAAUUAGAACAAAAGCGAGGGGCCACAUAAACAUCAGUCCAGCGUCAGAAGCGAUGAUUGAAUUGCUGACGUUGGUGUUCCUGAACAGUCUGGCGGAACAGGCAAAGGCUGCAGCCUUUGAGGAGAGAUCGGCGACGAUCAGGGAGCAUCACGUUAAAGCCGUUUCAAAGAAAGCUUUGAAAAAGGCAAGAGGAUGAAGAGAACAAAGACGUCUCAAAGGACAACAGUUUUUUUUUUUUUUACUUUUGUUUUUCUGCCAUAAGGGUCUUUAGAUAAUUUUCUUUUACAUAAACAUUACAAUCAAAAUUGAUUUUUUUGUAUAUAUUUAAAGCCUUUUUUUUAAAGCUGUAUAUAAUCAAAUAAAAUCUAUAAACCUGAUUCAUAAAUUUGAAUUGGGCAGCGUUCGUCUCCUCCGUCACGGUUUUCUUCUUCAGCUGCACGCUUGACAAACUCUUUGAAUUCCUCACCUUUUCACGCCCUGCAGAUCCUCUGCGCUCCAGAUCAGAUUCUGCUGGUUUUCUCCGCUGGGUUCCUCACAGCCAGAUAUUUGUGUGGUAAACGUGUGUCAACACUGCUGUAAUAAAUUCAUCUGUUUUGCAAAAUA